CGCAAAUUUGAAUCCGAGGGCAGUGACACCGCUGGGACAUGGCCGACGCUGCCAAGGAACUGUUGGUUGCACUGCGCGAGGAAGAUCCGCGGGCUGUGGAGGAGCUGCUGCACCUCGGGGCGGACCCCAGUCUGGUGCUGGAGGAUGGCGUGGCGGCGGUGCACCUGGCGGCCCGAGCUCGCCAUCCGCGCGCCCUGCAUUGCCUCCGGAUCCUUCUGCGCCGGGGCGCCGAUCCCAAUGCUCGGUCCACUGAGGCGCUGACACCCGUGCACGUGGCCGCCGUGUGGGGCUGUCGUGGCGCCCUGGAGCUGCUGCUGAGCCGAGGGGGCGACCCGACGCUGCGAGACCAGGACGGGCUCCGGCCACUGGACUGGGCUCUGCAGCAGGGACACCAUGACUGCGCACGCCUGCUGCGGGAGCUGGACACGCCCACCCGGACUCGGAAGGAGACCCUGGAGCCAGCUGAGAAGUUACCUGUAGCCCUGGCUGGCCUUGAAUCCACCAUGGAUCGAGAACGUGUCUUUGUGGGGCCUCCUGGCGUCUUUAUACCUCCGUGUUUGUCACCGGACUCAGAGCAGCUCAUGCACAGAGCUGAGCUGACAGCAGCUCCUGAGAUGGCGGUACAACUCGGCAGCCCUGAGGCCACUGGGAGCCCGGACUGCAGCAGCAGCGACACCUCCUUUGUCACUGCAUUGGAGGACUCUCUGCAGCCCCAGCGCUCUUCGGGGACACUGGGGCCCGCAGCCAGCCUGUGGCAGUCUGGUGGGGCUGAAGCAGCUGGGGAUGGGGUGCUGAGCUGCCAGCUGCAGGCCCUGACGUUGACCUCAGGGGCCACCAAAGUCCCAUCUCUGCCCGGGGAUGGGAACUCUGGGGCCUUGCAUCCACAUGACUCGGUGCCCCCCGUGUCCGACCUGCAACUGCUUCAGGCCUUGCGGGCACUGGGCCACAGUCCUGGCCCGGUCACCCCUUUCACCCGUGGACACUACUUGCGGCGGCUGCAGGAAGCCCAGGCUAGCCCGGGGCACAGCCCAGAACUGGCUGAGGUGCUCAGAACAGGCCGCAUUCCCGACUGCCAGGCGGAUGAGGCCGCCCUGGCUCAGCACUUUCAGCAGCUGGAUCCCACGAAGAGGUGGCGGGGAGGCGUCACCAAGUGCAGCUUUACAUAUCUUCUUCUUGACCCCAGGCAGACACAGGGACUGCCUGCCCGAGCCUCCUCCCUCACACUGGCUGAGUGUCUGCAAUGUUUCGUGGGAGCUAUCUUCUACGUGGGCAAGGGGACCCGCGCCCGACCAGAUGCCCACCUCUGGGAAGCCCUCGGCUACCGUGAACGCCCAGGGAAAAAGGCCUGUCCCAAGGUACGCCGGAUCUUAGACAUCUGGGCCAGCGGCCGCGGUGUCCUUUCUCUACACUGCUUCCAGCACACGGCCGCCGUGGAGGCAUACACGCGGGAGGCCUGCCUGUUGGAGGCCCUAGGUAUCCAGACACUGACCAACCAGAAACAGGGCCACUACUAUGGAGAGGUUGCCCACUGGCCAUCCACGAAGCGGCGGCGCUUGGGGGUGUACCUGCUACAUCGUGCUCUGCUAGUUUUCCUGGCUGAGGGGGAACGAGAGCUGAGGCCUCAGGACAUCCAGGCCUGAGGUUGAGUGCUGAGGACAUGAUCGUGAAGCCUGAGCAAUCAGGGUGUCUGUGCGUCCCAGGGGCAGGUCCCCAACUGUGUCCCCAGCUCUGGAUUCAACGGCUUGGUGUGUGUGUGUGCAAGUGUGUACAUGUGUGCUGAAGUAUGUGAGUGAUGGUAUGUCUAGGUGUUCUUGGGUAGGUGAGCUUCCCAUUGUGUGCGGGGCAAGCCAGCCGAGGGGCAGAAGGUCCUCUAGAACAUUCUACUUCUGCAUAGAUAGUGAGCUUCUCUCAUUGUGUGUGCCAGGCAAGCCAGCUGAGGGGCAGAAAGUCCUCUAGAACAUUCUACUUUGUCUCCGUGCCUCAUUUUUUGAUGCACGGAGACUUUGAAAGAGAGAUCAGGCCAGACGUGUUAAUGGUGGCCUACCACCACAACCUUCGGGAGGAUGGGGCAAGAGGAUUGCUAGUUGGAAACUGGCAUACAUUUGUAUUUGGUUGGAGGCCUCUGUGUGUGUUUAGUGGCGACAAUCCUUCCCCUGUGGGUGUCCACAGUCCAGGGCCCAAAAUAUGCUCUUGGGAGCGCAUCUAGGGUCAAGCAAGGCUGCAGAGCUCAGACUAACUGGGAGUGGAGUGUGUGUGUAUGUGUGUGCAUGUGCAUGCGUGCACGCAUGCUUACAGUGUUCCUAGGAAUGCCCUACCCCUCUGCAGCCUGUGCUGUGUCUAGCCCUUUGCCCUCUAAGCAUCCAACCAGCCUGAGGUUGUGGUCUGCCUCCUUGGUCCUCACCCUUUUCCAUGACCAAGUGGCUGCCUUCCUCUGUGAGCUUCAGGAAAGCCCGCAGAGGGAUCUGCAGGCACAUGGGGAAGUCCCUCCUGCUGUCUACCCUUCAGCCCCACCCAGAUGAUCUCCAGAAUGGCCCGCCACUCUGCUGGAACCUCACCAGGUAUUCAUUCACUCAGUUAACACCCAUGAAGCACCUACAGUAUGCCUGAGGUAGGCCUUCUCAACCUUGGCUCUGUGGACUGCUUGGGGUUGCGUCGCUGCUGUGGGGAUAUCGUGUGUGUUGUAGGGUGCUGGGCAUCCCCCCUCUCAGGAUAUAAGGGAAGCUCUGCCCUCUUCCACCAGAAGGUUGCCCACCUGUCUUGGGUCACACCACUUGGAAGUGCCACUGAGGAAGAACAGACCUCCAGAUUGCCCAGCUGACAGCCCUGCCCAGCAGAGACCACGCCCACAAGCCACACCCACUUAGAGCAAGCCACAGCAAGGCUUGCAGCCUGGGAACCAUACGGCCUGGAAGCUCUGGAACUGUGGCUGAACCCUUUACUUGGACCUAGAUUGAGACACUUGAGGGUCAUGCCUUGCGGGUGCCACACCCCCAAGUUCUCCAUGCAGCUGGCUGCUGCUUCAACGGGGCUGCUUCAAAAUAGCAGCCUUCUGUUUCGUUCAAAUGCUAGCUGAGGGCUGGUUGUGGCCAAGAAACCAGGUUCCAAGUUCAAAUACUUUUUUGUUUAUUUUUCUUAUGCUUUUUUUGAGACAGGACUUCCCUGUGUUGUCCUGACUGUCUUGGAACUCGCUCUGUAGACCAGACUGGCCUUAAACUCACAGAGAUCCACCUGCCUCUGCCUGUGGAGUGCCGUUAUUAAAGGCGUGCACCACUGUCUGGCUCCAGCACAAAUUCUUUUAGAUUAUUUAUUUUUAUUUCAUGUGCAUUGUGUUUUUGCCUUCAUGUAUGAGGGUGUUAGAGUCCCUGGAACUGGAGUUACGGUUGUGAGCUGCCAUGAGGGUGCUGGGAAUUGAACCCUGGUCCUCUGGAAGAGCAGCUCAGUGCUCUUAACCACUGAGCCAUCUCCCCAGCCCCAGCACAAAUUCUUAAUGUCACUGUGGAGCUGGCAAAAGGAGAAUCAGUCGUUCGCAAGGGUUUAGAGCCAUGGGGGCCUGAGAUGUCUGGGUGCUGGCCUAGCCUGCAGGAGGCUUUGGAGGUGCUGGGAAUGGGGCGGGGAAGAGGGUAUUGUGAUAGGUGUGUGCCUGGCCAGCCUGAGUUGCACAGUGAACUCCGUUUCAGUACAACAGACUUGUGGUUUAGUGUCCUUAGGCAAGGGGGGAGGCAUUUCUGCUCAUCGGCUUCCUUAUAAGAGGUUUGGGGUACCUUGAGCCAGGAGGGUCAGGAGUUCAAAGCCAGUUCAGCUAUGAAGCAUGUUUACAGUCACCUUCAGUUUGCUCACAGAGCAAAGCUGCUGCACUGUCUCCAUGCUGGGAGUGCAGCCCAGCCUGUCAUGUUGCUGUCCCAUGGAGCCUGUGGUGGUCUCCCUCUCCUGUCUCAUUGUUUCGCCUGCAUUUGGGGACAAUCCCCAGGGGACCUUGUUCUUUUGUGUCUGGAACUUCCUGUGAGGUCAGGGCUACCCUGGUCAUGAGUUUAGAUGCCCGGCAGAAGGAGCACACUUUGUGUGGUGGCUGCUUGGCCUGGGGUGCCAGGAUCUGGGAUGCAGCUGCUGCAGCACCCUGCUUAUCUUCCUGGAUGGGGGCAGUGGCAACUGCAACCUCAGGACUGAGGAUGUGCCCUGCAGCAGCAGUGUCUGACAGCCCCAACUCUUCAGUGUGUGUGUGUCUGUGUGUGUGUGUUCUGUCUGACAGUCUCACACGCAUGUGUUCGCAUUUCUACAUCUCCCUCUCUAGGGGUAGGUAAACUUUGAUCCUUUCUGCUGGACAGGCAGUGAGCUCCCCAGGUGGGUGGAAAUUAGUGUGUGUGGGGGGAACAGAAGUUACUCUAGAACAUUCCACUGCAUCACUAGGUCUGUCAUCCUGGGGAGACAAGCAGAGAGGAAGUAUCUUAGCUUUCCUGCUGCUGGGGAGAAGCAUGUCAGAGGGGAAGGCUGUGUUGGCUCGCCAUUGGAGGUUCCAGCCUGGUUUCACCUUGCUGCCACACCAUGGACAGAGAAGAUGCAGUGGUCCAUGCUGCUGGCGGGCUGAUCCUGGGCUAAUUCUCUUCACUUUUACACAGUUCAGGCCCCUGCCUAUUGUGGUGGCUCAUGAGUGACUCAGCUUUUAUUUGGAGUU